AUGGGCCAAGUGGAUAGAAACCAAAGUAUGUUUGAUGCAGCUACGCAGGUGAGAUCCUUGGGAGGACUGGAUGACUUGGCAAUGUUCUUCACUAUAGCUUCAAGCUUAUGGUUUAGGAGGAAUAGAAAGCGUGAUGAGAAUGAAAUUCUUGAUGCAAGGACGUUAAUUGAACAUGCAAUGACGACGCAUAGGAUGUUUGGGGAAGUAAGAUUACACCCUGUUGCAGGUUUGAAAAACUUUUAUGGUUGGCAGCCACCUCCUAUGGGAUUCUUGAAGCUCAACAUUGAUGGAGCCGUGUUCCACCAUAUCCAUAGAGCAAGGGUUGGGGCAAUAUUGAGAGAUGCACAAGGGAAAGUUAUUCUGUCAGCUAGUAAGGGUGAAUGGGAGGUGAAACAUCCAGAGGUGAUAGAGUUUAUGGCUGUCUUACAUGGUAUUCAAUUUAUUGCACACAUGGGUAUCACACACUUGGUAGUGGAAUUGGUUUGCCUACUGGUGGUGAAGGUUUUGGAGGCAGCUCCUGAAGACCAGUCACCAGCCCAUGGACUAGCUAGAUACGCUUGGGUUGUUGAUCCCAUCGCGAUGUGGUGGGGUGGCUUCCUGGACUUUAUCUCUCAAGCCAUUUGGCUUGACAGUUGUCUAUGA